AUGCCGCCCAAGAAGAAGGGAAACAAGAAGAACCAGCAGGAUGACUGGGAAGCCGAGCUGGGCGAGACUAUUGCCCCGCCCGCCGCUGCCAACGGUGCCGAUGGUGACGCCAACGACGAGGACGAUGAGGGCGGCGCUGGUGGUCUGAUGGCCACCCUGCGCAAGAACAAAGAGAAGCGCAAGAAGAAGGGCAUCGUCGAACCCGAGCCCACCCCCGAGGAGCCUGCUGUCGAAGAGCCUCCCGCCCAAGCCCCUGUCGAGGCCAACAUCGACGAUGAGUUCGCUCUGCCUGAAAAGAAGGGUAAGGGCGGCAAGCAGAACAAGCAGCCUGCUAAGAAGGCUGAGCCCGCCGCCGCCGAUGAUGCCGAAGGUGGCCGAAUCUUGACCAAGGCCGAGAAGGAGAAGCUCAAAAAGGAGCGUGAGAAGCAGCGAAAGAAGGAGCAGGCCGCCGCCAAGAAGAAGGGUGGUGCUGCCCCCAAGGACGAGCCCGCCAAGCCUGCCGUCGCCGAGAAGAAGGAGGAGGCUGCCCCUGCUGAGGCUGCCCCUGAGCCCGAAGCUGCUGGAGGCAAGAAGAAGAAGCUUCCCGCCCAUCUUGCCAAGCUUCAGAAGCAACAAGAGGACCUUAAGCGUCAACGAGAAGAAGCCGAGAAAGCUUCAGCUGAGGCCAAGGCGCAGGCCGAAGAGGAGGAUCGUCUUGCUGCCGAGGAAGAAAAGAAGCGCGAGGAGGCCAGGGCCUUGAAGAAGCAGAAGGAGAAGGAGCGUAUUGAGCAGCUCAAGAAGGAGGGCAAAUACCUGACCAAGGCUCAAAAGGAGGAGAAGGCCCGAAAUGAGCUGAAGCUUCAGCAGAUGUUGGCUGCUGGUAUCCAAGUUGGCCCUGCUGAAGGUGGUGAGAAGAAGGGCAAGCCCGCAGACACAAGAAGAAAGAAGGGUCGUGGCCAACAAAAGAUUGAUGAGGAGAAGGCCCUUGCAGAAGCUGCCGAGCGAGCACAAAAGGAAGCUGAAAAGGCCCUGAAAGAAGCCGAAGAGAAGGCUGCCCGUGAGAAGGCCGAAGCCGAAGCCAAGGCUGCCGCUGAGAAGAAGGCUGAGGAGAGUGACAUUGAUGAUGACUGGGAAGCCGCAGCUGCAUCUGAUGGCGAUGUUAAGGACAGCUGGGAUGCCGACUCUGAUGAAGAUGGUGCCGGAAAGGAGAAGGAGAACGGAAAGACACAAGACUCUGCCGAAGACGAGUCCGAGGAGGAAUCCUCUGACGACGAAGCUGUCACAGCCGCAAAGGCCGCAGAGGCACAGCGAAAGCGAGAAGCUGCCGAGCGCCGCGAGAAGGCUCACCAGGCCGCCCUGGCUGCCCGAUCCAAGGACAACCUGCGAUCGCCCAUUUGCUGUAUUCUCGGUCACGUCGAUACCGGAAAGACCAAGCUCCUCGACAAGAUCCGACAGACCAACGUCCAGGAGGGCGAAGCUGGUGGUAUUACUCAGCAGAUUGGUGCUACAUACUUCCCCUCUGAAGCCAUUAAGCAGAAGACAGCUGUCGUCAACCAAGACGGCAAGUUUGAGCUCAAGGUUCCCGGUCUUCUUGUCAUCGAUACCCCUGGUCACGAGUCUUUCUCUAACCUCCGAUCUCGCGGUUCAUCGCUUUGUAACAUUGCCAUUCUGGUCGUCGAUAUCAUGCACGGUCUCGAGCCCCAGACCCUCGAGUCCAUGCGCAUGCUGAGAGAUCGCAAGACUCCUUUCAUUGUUGCCCUCAACAAAAUCGAUCGUCUUUACGGCUGGAAGCAAGUUGCCAACAAUGGUUUCCAGGACAGUCUGGCCCUGCAGAGCAAGGCUGUCCGUAACGAGUUUGAGACUCGUCUUGAAAAGACAAAGGUUGCCUUCGCUGAGCAGGGUUUCAACUCUGAGCUUUUCUACGAGAACAAGUCCAUGUCCAAGUACGUCUCGCUUGUGCCCACUUCAGCCCACACUGGCGAGGGUGUUCCCGACAUGUUGAAGCUCAUUUGCGAGCUCACCCAAGAGCGUAUGGUCGGUUCUCUCAUGUACCUUUCUGAGGUUCAAGCUACCGUCCUUGAAGUCAAGGCCAUUGAAGGUUUCGGUAUGACCAUCGAUGUCGUCCUCUCUAACGGUAUUCUGCGAGAGGGUGAUCGCAUUGUUCUGUGUGGUACAGAAGGAGCCAUUAAGACAAAUAUCAGAGCACUUCUCACACCAGCGCCCAUGAAGGAGCUGCGUCUCAAGUCAGCAUACGUCCACAACAAGGAGGUCAAGGCCGCUCUAGGUGUCAAGAUCAGUGCCCCUGGCCUUGAGGGUGCCAUUGCUGGUUCCCGCCUGAUGGUUGUUGGCCCUGAUGACGAUGAAGAUGACAUCGAGGAUGAGGUCGAGUCCGAUCUUGCUGUUCUCUUCAACCGUGUCGAGAAGUCCGGUCGUGGUGUCAGUGUCCAGGCCUCGACUCUGGGUUCACUUGAGGCUCUGCUUGAUUUCCUCAAGGACUGCAAGAUUCCCGUUGCCAACGUUGGUAUUGGACCCGUCUACAAGCGUGAUGUCAUGCAAUGUGGUGUCAUGUUGGAGAAGGCGCCAGACUAUGCCAUCAUGCUGUGUUUCGAUGUCAAGGUCGACAAGGAAGCUCAGCAGUACGCCGAGGACCAGGGUAUCAAGAUCUUCACAGCCGAUAUUAUUUACCAUCUGUUUGAUUCCUUCACCAAACACAUGGACGCGCAGAUCGAGAAGAAGAAGGAGGAAUCUAAGAUGCUUGCUGUCUUCCCUUGUGUCCUCAAGCCUGUCAAGGUUUUCAACAAGAACGAUCCCAUCGUCAUUGGUGUGGAUGUUACCGAGGGUCAGCUCCGAAUCAACUGCCCUGUCGCUGCCGUCAGGAACAACCCCACAACUGGUGUCAAGGAAGUUGUUAAGCUGGGCAGAGUUACUUCUAUCGAGCGAGAACACAAGCAGAUCCCUGUGUGCAAGCGCAAGGAGCCUUCAGUCGCUAUCAAGAUCGAGAUGGGUGGUAACCAGCCCAUGUACGGUCGCCACCUCGAAGAAGAGGAGACUCUGUACAGUUUGAUCUCAAGAGCCAGCAUCGAUACUCUCAAGGAGUUCUACCGAAAGGAAGUCACCAACGAGGAGUGGCAGCUAAUCAUCAAGCUCAAGCCCUUGUUCGAUAUCUGA